AUGGGCAACGGCAGCGGCGAGAAGUGGGAGCUACGCACCGAACGCGGCGGCAACAAGGUGAAGUCGCGGAUUCGCACGCCGUCGAUGAUCUUCAAUUCGCCGCUCUCGAUCCCCAUCGCCGGCCUGCAAUCGCUGGCGUCGGUGAUGCCGGUGUCGGAGGGUCCGCUCAGCACGAGCAUCGCCCUCAAGCGCCGGCGGGGCAACUCGCUCUCGUCGCCGCUCUCGUCACCGCGCGAGCGACACACCUACGCCCAGCUGUCGCCCGUCAACAACUCAAGCAGCUCGCCGGUCAACUCUCCGCCGUCGGCUUCCACCUUCUCCUCCUCGUCAUCGUCGUCGCACUCUGCGUCGCCCUACAGCGUUGGUGCCCGGAGCUCAAUAGAGACCUCGCCCCGGACUGCGCUUCGCAACACACUGCGGAGCAUUCGUGCAUCGCGCUUCGUGGACCUGGAAAGCUCAGAGAUCAGCGACGCGGAUGUGUCACAGCUCUUGAGUGAGUACAAGGAGCUGGUGGGUAUUGUCAAGACUGUCUCCUCCCUCCAAGAACAGUAA